UUUGUUAUUGAUUUUCGAUGAUGCGACUUUGAAGUUGAUUUGCAAUCAAUAUGUGAUUUGGAUUGGGGUUGUAUUAACUUGUAUAUAUGUGCUGAUUAACACUGUUUUGUAAUGAAUUCUAAUGCAGAAACACCGUAGAGAACCGAAAUGCAUCACCUUCUUCGGCUAAAAACUAGUAAAAGGAUUGUUCAAGUAUCCUUUUCCUUGAUCUCGGUUUGCUCACAAAUAUCUAAACAUGUCUACUGCAGCCUCUCUGCUCCAGCAAUUCAACCCCUACCAACACAGCCUUCACAAUUCCACACAAAUUUGUCUGAAAUUAACCGCUAUAUUGUCUCCUAUAACAAAAGGAUAACCUCCCACAUCCAAUGCGGGGACUUAAAUUCUGCUCUGCAAGUUUUUCAGAGUAUGAAGAUGAAAAAUACGGUGUCUUGGAACUCAAUUCUAGCUGGGUUUUCGAGCAAGCCCGGGAAAUUGAAAGAAGCCCGCCAACUGUUCGACGGAAUUGCUGAACCAGACAAUAUUUCGUACAACCUCAUGUUGGCUUGUUAUUUCAGGAAUGGUGAUGUGGAAACUGCCAAGGAAUUCUUCAGAAAGAUCCCAAUUAAAGAUACUGCUUCAUGGAAUACUAUGAUUUCAGGGCUUUCAUGGAACAGGAUGAUGGAUGAGGCUCGGGAGUUUUUUGCUGCGAUGCCAAGAAAGAAUGCUGUCACAUGGAAUGUGAUCAUAUCUGGAUAUGUUGAGAGUGGGAAUAUGGAGUCGGCAUUGGAGUUAUUCGAGGAAGCUCCUAUCAAGGGCGUGGUUGUGAAGACGAGUAUAAUAACUGGAUACAUGAGGAGCGGGAAGGUUGAAUUGGCUGAAAAGACGUUCCACGAGAUGCUGGAGAGGAAUUUGGUGACAUGGAAUGCGAUGAUUUCAGGCUAUGUCGAGAAUGGUAGAGGGGAAGAUGCUUUGAAGCUUUUCAAGAAAAUGAUGGAAUUGGAUAUUCAAGGCAAUCCAUCUAGCAUGAGUAGUGUCCUUUUAGCUUGUAGUAAUUUGUCCAUGUUGAAAUUGGGGAAACAAAUCCACCAGCUUGUUUUCAAGUCCCCUAUCUGUUUCGACACGAAAGUGGGAACUUCAUUAGUCAGCAUGUAUUGCAAGUCCGGGGUUCUUGAAGAUGGAUGGGAACUAUUCAUGGAGAUGCGGCUUAAAGAUGUGGUUACAUGGAAUGCAAUGAUCUCGGGCUAUGCCCAACACGGGGUCACUCACAAAGCUCUCAAUCUAUUUAAUGAGAUGAGAAACCAAGGAAUGAAGCCAAAUUCAAAUACCUUUAUUGGAGUUUUAUCUGCCUGUAAUCAUGCAGGAUUAGUAGAACUAGGUGUUCAUUAUUUUGAAAAAAUGCAGAAGGAUUAUGGAAUUGAAGUAAAAUCGGAGCAUUACGCAAGUAUGAUAGAUCUUCUUGGUCGAGCUGGUAAGCUUACCAGUGCUCUGGAUUUGAUCAAAAGAAUGCCAUAUGAGCCUCAUUCUGCCAUGUAUGGAUCCCUUCUAGGUGCUUGUAGGGUUUAUAAAAACUUAGAAAUUGCUGAGUUUGCUGCCACAAAAUUGCUUAAUCUCGAACCUAGUAAUCCUUUUGCAUAUGUGCAACUUGCAAAUGUGUAUGCUGCGAAGAAGGAAUGGGACAGUGCUCGUAGAGUUAGAAGGGCAAUGAAGGACAUUAGAGCCAUUAAAACACCUGGAUACAGCUGGAUUGAGAUCAAGAAUGUGAUUCACGAAUUUAGAUCAGGAGACAGGCUUCAUCCUGAACUGAAAAACAUACACAGAAAACUUAACGAGCUCGAGAAGAAAAUGAAGCUGGCAGGAUAUGUGCCUGAUCUUCAAUCUGUCUUGCACGAUGUCACAGAGGAUGAAAAGGAGCGGCUACUUCUUCUGCAUAGCGAGAAACUGGCCAUAGCCUUGGGGAUAAUAAGCCUGCCACUAAGUGAGGCUAUUAGGGUCUUCAAGAACUUGAGAGUUUGUGAUGACUGCCAUUUGGCAACGAAAUAUAUUUCAGCAAUAGAAGGUAGAGAGAUCAUAGUUAGAGAUACAACGCGGUUUCACCAUUUUAAAAAUGGAAAGUGCUCUUGUGGGGACUACUGGUAAUACUUCGAAGCUGCCGGUGAACCUCUUUUCAUGGCAUAUUUAACCAGUGGAAUAUAGAGCUAAUCAUCGUAUUGUUUCAAUGAGGCAUGGGAUUGCCUUGCACGAUCUAAACUCCUUCGAUCUCCACCUGAAUAAAGCGUUGGACAGCUGGUUUUUCCGGUUGUUAGUAUUUUAGUUUUUCAUGGCGUUCGUGACAAUGCAGUUCUCUAUGGUUAAAAUUGUGAGCAAUUCGGACUGCUGAUCAGUUAAAUGUAAGCAAGCUAGAGUAUUUUGGUUAGAUGAAGCUUUGUAACAUGAUGAUGCUGGAGAUGAACUUUUUCAGUAUCAAGAUAUUUGAGAAUGUUCCCAAGGAAUAUUUGAAACUUCUGAGGUUGGAUGAGUUUCGUAGAUCAGAAAACGAGCAGCUGCAUAGGGGAAUUCAAAGAGAUGAAUAAAGAAGAUGAAAAGAUGGGGAGGCAUGCUUCGGAAUCAGGACUUGCAAAAUGAGUUCAAAAAGCAGAGUAUAGUCUGAGUCCAAAGCGCAAAAGCCCGCAUCUGAGAACAAUGGGCAGGCAUCAAGAUGGGAAGCCGGCGUCAAAUUAGGCAGACAAAGGCACAACUGUUUUACACAAGAUAUAGGAGGAUGGAGGCUGAUUAAUACCAAAGAAACGAAGAGGGAGAUGGUCUGGUUUGUGAUCCAAUUCAAGUUCCUGUUGGUUCAGGUAUGAGGGCUCGAGCAAAGAAAUUCAAGUGCUUAAGCUUAUUCAUGAAGUUCUAGUUCAAGAAUUAUCCAAAAGGCCCCAUUAGAUAAUACCAGAAGGUGCUAGUGCUGUAGUAUAUGUACAUGCUCGAUAGAAUUUCGCAAAGCAAAGUUUGUAUUUUUUCACCCAGAAAAUAGAAUUGGUUAUAAAUCAAGUCUCGAAUUCCAUUUCAUUUUUGCCGAGUGGAUUUAAUUUCAUUAUGCAUCCACUCUAGUAAUUGUAAUAAUUUUAUUCUUCACAAUAUAAAUGAGUUUUUAU